AUGACUGAUCCUCUGGAGUUGCAUGAUGAGGACUCCACCGACCCAAUUUCCCCAGGACAUCACUGGCGCACGGUCAACGAGCCCGUGUGGAACUCACUCUCCUUGCUUGGUCGUGACACGAUCAUCGGGUAUGCACGCCGUUACGAUACGAAGGACGGGCGUCUCCUUGGGCCCGAUAUCAUCAUGAAGACAGCUUCGCGGCAGAGUGGUCGAGACUUGGGGUCCUCUAUCUAUCACGACGUCCAUGGUGCCAGUCACCCCGCACUCUCUGAGUACCUCGCUGGUAGUAGCAUCAUCGACCCUCGACGCGAUCUCUUGGACGAUACUCCAGCACAACACGGCAUCACUGCUCAUAUCAUCCACGGUUCUGCUCCCGUAGACGAUGCUAAUUCCCAUGUUCUCCACCGGUUGAUGUUGAACCCGAUCGUGCGUUCCCUCUGGACCUAUACUUCUGACCUCGAGCUUCUACGUGGGUUGCGUUCGGCCGUGCAAGCACACCAACUCUUGUUUGACCAAGGCAUCAUGUAUCACGAUAUAAGCCCGCAGAAUAUUCUUCUAGCCAAAUACUUUGGGGAUGGCCAGCCUGGCCGUGAAGGCUUGCUCUUAGAUCUAGACUUUUCUCUUGUCGAAGGUGACCAUCGCUUUGGAUCUGAGACGACGCAUGCAGAUGCUAUACGGAACAUACGUGAUGGGUCUGGCCAUGAGGCUGCGGGUUUUGUAGCGAAGAUUGGGGCUAUCAGGGCGGGCACAGUUCAGUUCAUGGCCAUCGACAUGCUGUGGGCCCUCGACAUGCUGUGGCCCUUCGACUGGAACAAAAUUAUUGAACACUCCGUCGAAUACGACCUCGAGUCGUUCAUCUGGGUUUUUGCAUACACAGUCAUGCGAAGAAUCCUAAAGGUCACCGAAAGUCUUGAAACGGUAAAACAUUCUACCCGUGAGCGACUCGAGAAGGAUUUCGAGCGGGCGUUUGGUAGCUUGGAGUCGGUCGAAGAAAUCGGAUUGUCUCGUCUGAAUAUGGAUCCUUUAGAGUUCAUCAUGCACAACGACCAGGACUUUUUCACCCCCUAUCUCUCUAUCCCGCUUCGUGCCUUUCUUUUGCAUCUACGAGCGAUCAUACGUGCCAAGGUCGAAGCCCCAGCCAUCAAGAGGAUGACAACUGUUUUACGACGUGGCGGAUUAAAGGCUUUUGAUGUCGUACUGACGCACGAUUGGCUCAUCGGCUACCUAGACGACACCAUCCUUGCUCUAGAGAACGAUCCGUCGCUGCAGAGAUGA